CUCACGCACAUUACGCAAUUUUUUGCAAACCUCCUCAAGCCUAUGAAAAGGAAAUUUCUUUGCUUUCAAGCGUAUUACUAUUUCCUAUAGUUCUCAGUUAUUACUCAACAGUGAAUUGGAAAAUUAAUUCUGGUUGCACAACAAAAUGGGUUACGCUGCUGAAUUGUUUAGCUGGUGUUUGAAGUCUAUGGAGUACUUGGGUUAUUUAGAUGAAAGCAAACGUUCACGAGCCUAUUUACUAAUAUCUGUGCCAGCUCUAACAAUUUUACCAGCAGCUUAUAACAUUUGCUUCAAUUGGACUGGUUUGGGUAAUGCGAUCUACGAUAUAUUUAUCAUCAUGAAUCUGAUUACAACGGUAACGCGUGCUUUUGCUGUAAUAACUCAUCAAAAGAAAUUUGCGGAUACUUAUAACGAGAUUGAUAAUUGGUACAACAAUCUGGAGCACGAUGAUGACAAAAGAACUUUUUAUGAGCUACAGAAUUUCACUAAACGUACUGUACAUUUUUCCAAAUAUAUUCAACGUUGUUUUACAUGCGCCGCUGCAUUUGUUUCCUUUCAGCCAAUUCUGACCCAAUAUGGCAACUUCGUUAUUAGCAUUGCAGUACCAGGUGUCGAUUUACUAAAGAGCCCAUCUUUCGAGAUUAUCUACCUACUUCAAGCAUUUUGGGUAAUCCCAGUAUGCACUUAUUCAUACAUUCCGAGUGUGAAUUCGUUUCUAAUAUUGAUGUCUUUUGGAACAUUCAUGCUGAAAGAUCUUCAGCAGAGAAUCAACAAUUUAUCCCAAAUGAAUGAGGAGAGCGCCUUAAAAAAUAUCAAGAAAUGCGUUCAAUUCCAUAUGAAGAUAAUCAACUUUCAUGAUGAUUUGGAAGAAUUAUUCUCGGCCACAAACUUGCAAGAUGUCGGUAUUUAUUGCAUAAUAAUGUGUAUGUUGCUCAUAUAUUCAACGAUGGAAUUUGAUUUGGCACUUAUUUUAAAAGGCUUUUUAAUUUUAUUCGUUCAAACAGUCUGCCUUUUUCAAAUCUUUUAUCUGGCAAACGAUUUCUCCGAUGAGAGCCUUGCUAUAGCUAACGCAGCAUAUAAUACCAACUGGACUCAACGUGACGUGAAAUUUCGCAAAUAUGUACUGUUGAUAAUCACUAGAAGUCAAACGCCUUUGCAGUUCACUGCUGGCGGCUUCAAGCCCUUGACUAUGGAAAUUCUUCUCAAAACUUUACGCAUUUCAUAUUCCCUAUUCUCUUUCCUAAAGGGCACAAUGUGAACUGCUGAAAAUCGAUCAAUAUAGAAUUUUACGCGUUUCAUAUUCCCUAUUCUCUUGCCUAAAUGUGAACAGCUGAAAAUUGAUCAAUAUCAUCUCAACAUCAAUAUUCAUAUAUGUAUAUGUAGAUAAAAAUGUUUACACACCUGAGAAUGAGAAUUCAAUUUGAAGAAGUUAAUGGAGUCGUACACAACAUAUCACGCUUAUAUAAGAACAGUUUGAAUAUUAAAAUAGAAUUUCUUAAAGUACAUAAUAACUGUGUAUGUAUUUAGUAAGCCCU